AUGACUGUCGGCACAGGCUCUGUUUUGGUCACCGGCGGCACCGGUUAUAUCGGGUCCUUUACCGUCCUAGCUCUGCUCGAGGCUGGUUACAAGGUUGUCAUUAUUGACAACUUGUACAACUCGUCCGUGGAGGUCAUCAACCGCAUUGAGCUCAUCUCCGGAAAACGACCGAUAUUCUACGAGCUCGACGUCACCGAUGAUGCCGCUUUCGACAAGAUUUUCAGUGAGCAUCCAGACAUUACCAAUGUAAUUCACUUUGCCGCAUUGAAAGCCGUGGGAGAAUCCACCGAAAUCCCGCUUGAGUACUAUAGAGUCAAUGUUGGUGGCACUAUUAGCUUGCUGCGGGCAAUGAGCCGCCACAAUGUCUACAAUAUUGUCUUUUCCUCGUCGGCAACAGUCUAUGGCGAUGCCACUCGGUUCCCCAAUAUGAUCCCUAUUCCCGAAGAAUGUCCUAUCGGUCCUACGAAUCCGUACGGUCGAACAAAGUCAAUGAUCGAAGCCGUCAUCACCGAUCACGUUGAAGCGCAACGCAAGAACGCCCAGAAGGCCGGCAAAUCGGGAGAAGAAUGGAACGGUGCGCUGCUCCGAUACUUUAACCCGGCAGGCUCUCAUCCAAGCGGUAUCAUGGGCGAAGACCCGCAAGGUGUGCCGUUCAAUUUGCUUCCUCUACUUGCUCAGGUCGCAAUUGGCAAGCGAGAGAAACUCUUCGUCUUUGGCGACGAUUAUGCGUCCAAGGACGGCACUGCCAUUCGCGACUACAUUCACAUUCUCGACCUGGCACGCGGUCAUCUUGUUGCCCUUGAUUACCUGCGCGAGCACCAACCCGGUGUGCGCGCAUGGAACCUCGGCACGGGCCGCGGCUCUACCGUCUUCGAGAUGAUCAAGGCGUUCAGCGCUGUUGUUGGUAGGGACCUGGCCUACGAAGUCGUCGACAGACGCGCUGGCGAUGUACUCGACCUCACUGCCAACCCACGACGCGCAAAUCACGAGCUGAAGUGGAAAGCCGAGCACACCCUCGAAGAUGCUUGUGCCGAUCUUUGGCGCUGGACGAGCAACAACCCCCAGGGAUACCGUCAGUCUCCGCCCCAGGAACUCCUCGCGCCGUUGAAGAAGUGA